UUCAAAAGUAACAAUAAAAAGCCUCCAAUUUUAUCAUUACUUUCCUAUUUCAAAGUUAGAAUUUUUGUAGUCUAACGCAAGCAAUGUCAGAAUAAUAUACUUUUUGCAAAAUUCACAAAUAAUUAUUUUCUGCUUGAAGUUGGUUUUUCAGCAUUGAGACUUCAAAAGACGCGAAUAUUUUAUUUCUAGACUGCCACCGCGUUAUUACCAGAAGUUUUAUCACCUGACUGAAGUAAAAAAAGAAUCAUUAAAAACAUUCCAUAAAUAACGCCUAAAAUUAUAAUUUUGACACGGAGUACAAAAGUCUGCAGAGCUUUCUUAUACUGAUUUUUUAAUGACAGUUUGAACACUUUUUUUCAGUGUUACUUAUUUUUUUUCUCGAAAUUUGAACUCCCUGUUUCGACAAGAGACAUCUGCUUGGUAGAAAAAAAUAGUGCUUCAGCGCAAAAGUAUGAAAACAAUCUCGAAUUUUGCAAACCAGUUCUAAAUAUUCCAAGUUAAUCAAGCCUAUUUAGAGAAUCAUAUUUUUUGAUUCUUCGAUUUAAACAAAUUGCUUCUUCCAAUUUCUUAAUUUACGUCUUUUUCUGGUUACUUUAAGAUAGCACGUUUUAUACAGUAUUUGGUAUAAUUGUACAAUUUUUAAAAUUCAUAAUCACCUGUGUAUUAUCAAAAUACUUUACAUGGUUAUAACUUUCUCGUUUGUCUAAAAGUUAUUAUCAGACUUAUAUAAAAACGAAUUGUAUAAUUAAACUUUCAUGUUUUUAUUUGUUCGACGCAGUACUUGCUUGAGUUUUGGUAUUUAUUUUUAAUUUGGCCUUAUAGUAUGUACACGAAAAAUAGCUCGAUAAUUUGUAGAGAGAAAUCAACAAAAAAAUUUGGUUGAUUAGACCAGCAUUGACAACUUUGACCAUCUUUACUUAGCUGUCAGAAGCCUCUUUAUUCUUUUGUCUUGCUAGCUGAAAUUUAACAAUUUAACACUCAUCAAAACUCAUAAUUACGUGAAGAAAAAAAUCAUUUAAAAACAAAUUUGAAAAAAUUUGCUGCAAGUUACGUCGAAAGCAUUCCAAUUCCUAUUGUGCAGGUUAUUAUCGGCAGAUAAAAUUGAUGUUAGUUGUGAUGAAAGUUCUACAUUUACAGCUGGUUUUGAUUCUUAUUGCGAGGGGUGGCUUCGUGAUAGCUCAGGGAUCCAGUUUUUACGUCGAGCAACCAAGGGAUUUGACCAUUUUUGAAAACGAGAACGCAGUUUUCGAAUGUCGCAUACCUGAAGACUACUCUGCUUGCUUGUUCGAAUAUCGCGGUGUUUAUUUGCUGUCGAGCCGACAAAACAGUUCCGAGUAUGAGAUGUAUUCGACGAAUGGAUAUUGCUCGCUGACAGUGUUGUCGGCUCCUGGCGACCACAACGGCGCUGAGUUCUCGUGUAUUGUCGCAACAACUAACGGCGGCAGUGAAGACAGCCGGAAAGUCACUCUUAAAGUGCUAAUUCCUCCGAAGUCUCUUCAGAUGACAGUGUCAAUGAACAGUAAAGAUCAGGCGACAGUACUUCCCUCCGGGGAGAUCCAAGCAGUGGCCGGACAGGUUGUUCAGUUCUCCUGCCAAGUUGUCGGCGCCAGACCAGCUGUGGACAUCCAGUGGUACUUGGACGGGGGAGUGCUGCCCAGUGAAUUCUUCAACCAACAUCAGGAAAUAUCGGAACGCGAAGAAGCUCGUGACUGUCGCUUUGACAGCGCAGAUUAUGACGAGUUUUGUACCAAAACAAUCCUUGUGUAUGACACCCAUUCGACCUUGGAUUUGACCAUAACUGAGCAGCAAGACCAGAGUGACCUUUCUUGUGCGACUGUUGAACAAGAAAAUGUGCAGAACCAACUGAUGCAAACUAAGACACUCAACAUCCUCUAUCCCCCGACAUAUGUGCAGCUGAACUCUGCCGACCUUGCCAGUCCUGUGAAAGUGGGGGAGUCAGUUAGGGUCCGAUGCACGUGUGAUUCGGGGAACCCCCUGCCUGAAUUGAAGUUAUAUCAAAAUGGAAUUGAACUCAGUGGCUACAAGUCAGUCACCAGUCAACAGGUGUUGGUGGAGUUUGACUUUGCGGCCGAGCGAGAUGACCACUCUUCUGUGUUCAAAUGCGAGGCCACAUCACCCUCCAUCCCUCAUGCACCAGUCAUCAAACAGGAAUUACUUCAAGUAUAUUUCAAGCCAGCCGCUGUCCAGAUAUCCGGUUUCAACAGAGAGAUCCGUCGCAAUGAUGUCAUCUCCCUCGAGUGUCGCACUGGCUUGUCUUACCCCGCCGCCGAUGUCUCUUGGACUCUAAAUGGGAAUAAAGUUGGGCUGUCCCAAGACAAAAUCAGUGGGAACUCCUCGCAUGGGUACCAUACCACUAGUCUCUAUGAAGUCAGAAUUGACGACGAGUCAAUUUCAACUGUAGCUUGCGAAGCUGAGAACCCUCAGUUUGAAGGAGUUGUCACUAGGGAUACAGUUGAGCUUCAGAUCCAAUACCCGCCAAGCAAACCAGAACUGACAGUUGAGCCUGUGAAGAUGGAGGGAAGUUACAAAGAGGAGGACUCUGUUAGACUGUCCUGUCAGUCGAAAGGGAGGCCGAUGCCAGUCAUCUCCUGGUACAAGGACUCUAUCUUACUAGACUCCGGUGCAGAUCCAGUGCCUGAUAUAGAGUACACUAGCAAGUACAGCUUCAGUCUCUCCCACCUGUCGCGUGAGGACCACGGGAAGACCUUCUCCUGCGAGGCAUCCAAUGUGGUAGUGGCAACAGACCAGACUCCGCCCACUUCCACUUUCACAUUCAAAGUACACUAUCCUCCUCUGAAGGUGACCAUAACUACGAAUGUAGAGAAGCCUUUUCUGGAAAACAAACAGGGGGUGCAGUUCACAUGUACAACUGACAAGAUGAACCCAAACCAGGUCAUAUUCGAGUGGUUCAUCAACGGGUCACCAGUCAAUUCGGAAGACACGGAGACAAAUGACCCCGUGACUCAAUCGAAUGGCUUUGUGCUGAGCAAUACUAUGCGCCUCAACCGACCCAUGGACAGACAAGACCACAACCUGCCUGUCACGUGCAAGGUCACCCCAGUUCAGUUCCCAGAAAUGGUCGUGUCAGCCACUUACCACAUCGAAGUAUACUUCGAGCCUAGACUCAUUUCAAAUAUUCCUCUGAGAGUAAUCGUGAAUGAGUCAUCGACGACAAACCUCGACUGCGGAGGCGCCGAGACGAACCCAGUUAUCGCCUACUACCAGUGGACUGGAACCAAAGUAGUCCAGACCCCCGGAUCCAAACUGGAGUUCCUGGCGACGUCGCGAGAGGAUGCCGGGGACUACUUCUGCAAGGCGUGCAAUUGCGAUGUGCCUACAAAUCAUGACUUGUGUCCGUGGACUGCGUGUUCAGUUACCCGACAGAUCACAUUAGAAGUCGAAUAUGCCCCCACCCUGACAACGGAGACAGAUCUUCUGGAGGUGGACAUUGGAUCCCAUGCUACCAUCAGGUGCAAACAGACUGCAAACCCACCUGGACAGGUGUUCUGGAUGUUUGAGGACCAGGUCAUUGACCCCUACGCCGUGAACCUCAAGUACAACAUCAGCCACGACAGAUUCACCCAAGUGUCCUCUCUCAAAGUGGAAAGUGUGGUGCAGGCGGACGCGGGACGCUACGCCUGUGGAGUGGUGAACAAACUGGGCGAGGAUCAGAUCAAAGUACAACUGGCUGUCAAACAUGCUCCCUACUUUGAGAGUAACGAGAACACGCGACUGGUGAUCAGUGGGCGGGACGAGGGGGACAUAUCGGCCACGCUGCAUUGCGUCGCCAACGGGUACCCCGAACUCAACUUCGAUUGGAUCAAUUACCCCACAGAUCAAUCGACUACAAAGCGGAUUGUCCAACUGAGUCCCAGCAAAUGGAGGUCGGAGCUGACGAUUAGUCCUCUGUACGCCACUUCUUUCGGCAACUACACAUGCACGGCUAAGAACAACAUGGGAGCUGAUACGUGGAGGGUCGAGCUCAGCAAGCCAAGAGUUCCUGGAAAGCCGUCAAAGUUUGUGAUUCAAGAAACGUCUCACAAAUCUCAGACAUUCAAAUGGACCACAGGCUUCGACGGCGGAUGGCCUCAGGCAUUCGAGAUCCUAUACCAGGUGCUGGGCAGAGAAAACGAAGGCUGGAAGAUCGCCACAGUCACUACUGAGUGCAAGACUAGCCACUCGGAUUGUAAUUAUACUGUUUCGAGUCUGGCGUCGGCUACGACUUACACGUUCAAAGUGUGUGCUCACAACAGAGUCGGUCCCGACAACCGAGAGGCUGCCUGUUCCGAGAUUAUUCAGGCCACUACUUAUGCUGCUCCCAUUCAACCAGCCCACAAGAGCUUCCGAGAGAUGCCCUUCUGGCUGAUGAUAGCUCUCCCCACCCUCACAGGCCUCUUCAUCGUCACCAACCUCAUAUUCCUCGCUCUAUACUGCCGCAAACGAUUCUUCAACAAAAACAAAGGUGAUGAAAGACCUUUCUCCAUAUCAACACAAAGCAGCAGUCGAGCAGCCUCUAACUGUGCCGCCAUGAAUACUUAUUCCACUUCUUACAUGCAUAAUUUGUAUGAUCACGCGGGUAUGUUGUACCAGGACAGUGGCUACUACUUCCCAGCGGGGGGAUCCGACCGGUGGCCCCCGGGAGGGGGGUCCGACAUCGGCGACAAGGACAGCCGAUACUUUGGUAACUACCCGCACGGAUCGCCACCGCAGAUGAACCGAAUUGACCUGUUCGAGAGGAGUGCUGCAGCCAGCACCCACAGUGAUGACGUCACCACCCGCAUGCACGGGGUGAGUAGCGAGUUCGACCCCGCCUGCAGAGUGAACCCGGGACUGGCAGCUGCAGCCGGGCACCCCCUCUACCUCACUGGACCUCCCGUGCACCACAGGGGGUCGGCCCAGUGGCCAAACGGUGGAAUUGGAGUUCGCACUUCCCAAUUUGACUCUCCGCCCGUACAAGCAAUGAGUAACAACAACGAGGAGUCCUACAAGAAUCAGAUCAGACAGAAGUCGAGACAGGGCAACUGCAGGACAGGCGAGAGCUACUUCUCCGGCGAGAGCAGGUCCAGCACCCCCGUGCAACACCACCACGUCCAGGCACCCCUUCUCAUGCCCCCUACUAACCCCCUCAGUAUGAGUCAGCACUCGCAGGAGCAGAGUCUGCUCAACAGGUACGACUCCUUAGCCGAAACGCAUCACGAGAGUGUCUCGGACUGCACGAAUCUGGAGUCGGGUCGGGGCUCCGGGUGCAACCUUACAGUGAAUUCAAACUCCAACAACCAGGAACACCAGAGCAGUCUCUACUCUAAGAAACUGUGA